AUGGCAGAGGUCAACUACGACAAACCUUGGGCGCCGACAAGUGCGGUGCCUAGCAUUACUCUCAUCAAUGCCUCGUUAGUGGACGUACGUCAAGGACGAAUUGUUUCCAAUACAACCAUCACACUCUCGAAUGGGAAAAUCGACAAGGUCGGCGGCAAUUCAUCAGAGUCGGCGUCUAUCGAUCUGCAAGGCAAAUACAUCUGUCCUGGCUUGAGCGACUGCCAUGUUCACGUGACGGGAGCGCCUGGCGGGCUGUCUUUCAAGACACUAUACAACCACCCGGCCAGCGCCAUCCAUCUGCGAGCCUCCUAUGUCCUCAAGACCAUGCUUCUUCGCGGCUUCACCACCAUCAGGGACACAGGUGGCGCCGAUGCUGGUCUACGCGCCGCCGUUGAUGAAGGCUUGAUUCCCGGUCCACGCAUGGUUAUCGCCGGACGAGCUCUGUCUCAAACAGGCGGCCAUGGUGACUUCCGUGACGCACACGACUCACGUACGCCUAGCUGCUGUGGUGACACACCGAGUCUUGGGCGCAUCUGCGACGGCGUGCCACAAUGCCUGGAGGCCAGCAGAGACGAGUUGCGUCGAGGAGCCGACUUCAUCAAGAUCAUGUGUGGAGGCGGCAUGGCAUCACCAAACGAUCCACUCGACAUGCUGCAAUUCACGCCAGAAGAGAUCCGCGCCAUCACGACGACCACGUCGUAUCUCGACACCUAUACGACUGCGCACGCUUACACGCCAAGAGCCAUCCGACAUGCCGUCGAUAACGGCGUCCUGGGCAUCGAGCACGCCAACUUCAUCGACGUUGAGACGGCGGAGCUCUGCGUGGCCAAAGGCGUCACCUUCACUCCCACUCUCGGCACCUACGAAGCCUUCUCCAAGGCUCCCUUCGACACCUUGCUCGACCAGCAGAACAAGGAAAAGCUCCGCGUCAUCGUCGCGAGCGGCCGCAAAUCGCUCGAGAUCAUGAAGCAGACGGGCGCGAAAGUCUGCUACGGCUCUGACCUGCUGGGCGGCGCCCACUACCAGCAGAGCAGCGGCUUCCGGUUGCUGAACCAGGUCUUCAGCCCCGCCGAGGUGCUGCGUUGCGCCACGAUCAAUGCUGCGGAGCCGUUAAGGAAGGUAGGGCAGCUGGGUGCGUUGGAGGCUGGGAUGGUUGCGGAUCUGCUGGUGCUUGAUAGGAAUCCGCUGGAGGAUAUCACCAUACUGGAGCGGCCGGAGGAGACGAUUCUGGCUAUUGUCAAGGAUGGGAGGGUGGUGACAAGUAAGGUGGAAGGUCUUGAGCAGGAUGCGUUGUACCGUGGCUUUUGA